GCCAAUCAGCGGGUCUCUUCUGUGGGAGAAAUGGCGAGAGACAUUUUUGCACUCAUCUUCCUCUUAACAGUGGGGAAUUUAGCCCACUGUGAGGACUGGGAGAAUCAUCUCUUCAUCAAGAUGGGAGAAGUGCUGGAGAAGCAAGAAGCAGCCUUAAUGAAGCAAGAAGCAGCCUUGAGCCAACUGAAGGAAAUGCAGGAGAAACUUCAAUCCGUCGAAAUUAACCUUCAAGAACUUCACCAAGAGAUGGAACACCUGAAAGGGAUCCAUCAGGAAACCAAAGAAUGCCUCGGAAGGGAGAACUUGGAACACUUCAAGAACAUAUCAUCAGCGGGACAACAAGAACUUCUCCAGGAAAUAUCUGGAGUUAUCUCUUUGUUGCAGACAGGAGGAAUAGAUGAGUGCUCAGAGGGAAGCCACAACUGCAGUGAUUAUGAAGCUUGUACCGACAAGUUUGUGCAGUUUACCUGUUCAUGUAGAGAAGGCUUUGCACGGGAUGGUUCACUCUGUGAAGACGUGGACGAGUGCGCCCAAGGGAAGGACGAGUGCAGCCCCCACGCGACCUGCAAGAACUCCGUUGGGAGUUACAGCUGCUCCUGCAACCCACCUUUCGAGGGAGAUGGACGAACCUGUGAUUUCUCGUGCAAAAGCCCGGCCAAGGUCCUCGAGGGCGUGGGAUGCGUGAAGCUCGUGAGGGAAGAGAAGACCUUUGAGGGGAUGAAGGACACCUGCCACCAGGCAGGUGGUCGUCUCCUGCAGGACCUCGUCUCUGAAAGUUUACUGGAAGUUAGUCGGGCUUAUGGUAUUUAUGGAUGGCUGGGAGUGCUCGAAGGGAGAUGGCUGGAGAGCGGACUACCUCUACAAGAGCAGCUUUGGACAGAAGGUUCCCGGGAAUCAGACCCUUCCAGGAGGAAGGGGCGAUGUGGCGUCUUUGAUUGGGAUCGUUCUUCUUCUUCAUACAAAGUGGGUCAACGUGAUUGUUCAUCAACGGCAAUGGGUUACUGCCAAUUUAUAUUCCCACAGAAGUAGUCAGUCAACAUGAGGCUGAUCUUCUGUGGGAGGAGGAGGAGGCAGAAUAAUAAUAAUAAUUACCCUGAAUCAAUAAUCCUUCCUUUGACGACAAUUGCUUUGUAAUGAUUUCCCUUCUCGGGAAGAUUGUAGUCUGUCGGAGGAGGAGGAGGACUCUUCCUUCCUUCCUACCUUCCUGUUGUUAUUAGAUCCAUAUUAUUAUAAUAAUAUUCAUUCAUUUGGAAUCUUGAAGUUUUCUUUCCUGGCUGACUUAAUAUUGACUCUGUUGCUUUUCAUUGAUGCUGUUCUUCUGUGUAAACCUCUGAGGAUAUAUUGAUAAUGAUAAUAAUUAAUAAUACUUUGUGCUUAGCAAAGGCUAGUUCAUAUAUGGAUAAUAAUCACUUUGUGAUUAUUAUGGGAAAUGUUUGACAUAAAACAGAAUUAUUAUUCUCUUCAAUGUGACAUUUCAACAAUAUACUCUACAUGUUCAU